GAGUUGCGACGAUCUCCGUGACCUACACCGGCCUAGGCCCCAACGACAAGCCGCGCCUCUUCCAAGUGAAGCUUCACGAGCUCUUCAACAAAAACCGAGGCGUCAUCGACGAGCUGAGAUGUCGAGUUGCUCAGGUAGCGCAAGUGAACGUCUUCCGGGUGAAGCUCCGGGAGUUCGAUUCAGAGGAGGCGCAGGAGAUCAUCAAAGAUUCAGAUGGUUGGAAGAAGGUUGGUUGUCCGCACAACAUGUUUGCUUCCAUCGAUCCGGUCUUGACCAGCUUGAAUGACGACCUGCACUUAGCCACGGCAGCCGCAUCUGCCGAGGCCAUCACAGAAGUGUUGGAGCUCGGUCAGGACCCGAACAUCCCCGACAAGAGUGGAAAUCCCGUGCUUUUCAAGGCUUGUGGGGCCGGCCAUGCUCACAUCGUCAAGCUGCUACUCCUGGGCCACGCCGACCCGGAGGGCCGCAGCAUGGACUUCAAUUUGGCACCCAUUCACCUCGCGGCGCAGAUGGGCUACGUGGAGGUGAUCAAGUUGCUGCUGGCGGCCCGGGCCGACAAAGAUGCGGUCGACGCCAAGGAGUUCGGGUAUCCCUGGGCCUCGGUCCUCAGUGCGUGCGCGACGCUGCCACACGAUGCCGAGGGUCUCUUCUUCGGCAGCGGUGAGCUGAUCACUUCCUUCCUGGUCCUGGGCGUCGCGGGCGAUUCGACGAAGUCGACGCCCAAGGGCACGACCCUCGCCAAAGCUGCGCAGGAGCUCGUCGACAGGAAGGCGGCCGGAGGUCUGGAAUUACUGGGCUGGGUCUCCCUGCGGAAACAUCAGAGCUUUGAGCCCUCAAAGAUCCAGCGGCCCGAGGUCAAGCAAUCCGAAAGAGACCUCCACGAAGCCGUGCGGCAGAACCGGCAGAAGAAGAGCUUGGUUGGCUGCAUCGUCAUGCCCAGCCGCCGUGGUCAGCUGGGCAUCUUUGCGCAGGACGCCUUCGCCUUCGCUCCAAAUUUGACUCCCUGCAGGUUGAAGAUUCGGAACUUGGGUUCCACAACGGCGCCGAAAGAACCCCAGUUCCAAGCCGUUGCCGCGACAGCCCCCGUGGCCACGGGCUUUUUGCAAGAGAAAGCCCGUCGAUUGAACAAGCGGCGCGAGCAGUUGCUGACAGAGCUGGAAACCACGCUCUCCAAGGCACGCGCUGUGAAGAUGAAGGCUUCAGCCGAGACCUUCCACACAGCCCAGCGCAAAGCUUUGGGGAAGUUGUGCCUUUGCCAGCAGUCGGAGCUAGGAUGCUCGAACUAUCACGGCCAUGCCGUGGAUGUUGCCGUGACCGUAAGGCACUCCGCCAUCUUCUACGCGGCAGCCUUGGGCCACGAAGAGGUGGUGAAAGAGCUGACACAGGCAGGCUGCGCGCUGGGCAAGGCCGAGCGCGACAGCAAUCUUCACAGCCAGCUGGCGCAAGAGCAUGGGCAGCGCAUGGUGCAGAGUGUGUUGGACCUCGCGCAGAGAGCGGAGGCCUUGCGCGCAGCCACCCGGGAAGGUCAGGAGAAGGUCGUGCGCUGCGUGCUGGAGUUGGCGAAGGCAGUGACCACAGAGAACCUGCACAAUGCCUGCAGUUCAGGACAGCUCGGAGUAGUUAAGUGCCUCGUGGAGAAUCGCGCGGACAUAAACAUGCCGGACGAGAACGGCCGGGUGCCUAUGUGCAGUGCAAUUAUGCGUGGGCAGCUUGCCAUCGUUGACUAUCUGCUGGAAACCGGCAAUGUCCGCUCGCAUGUGUCAGAGCGCACGAUCAGCCCAAACCAGGUUUCGCCGCAGGAUCUCGCCCCCUUGUUUCAGACCGCAGUUCUUUCGAAGAACACCAAGGUGUCGGACAGGUUUCUCGAACUCCGUGCGGAUGUGAACUCUGUGGAUGACACCGGCAAGACGCCUCUCCACAGUGUUGCGAGCAUGGGCACAGGGUACUUGCUCGAAGCUCGAGCCGACCUGGAUGCAAAGGAUUCGGAGGGCCAGACCCCUCUGGCGAUGGUCUCCAAGCUCGGGUGCGACAAGAUGGUGCCCAGGUUGUUUCUUGCAGCGUACAAGUCGGAUCCCAACGCCACGAGUCGUGAGGUUGCAGCGGUGCAGAUGGCAUGUGAAAGAAGAUCGCCGGAGAUGUUGGAAUGCAUCCUGAGAGUGGGUGUAGACAAGGCGAAGUCAGCCGAGAAGGAGUUGCACGCUCUGCACAUUGCAUCUGCAAAUGGCCUGCAACAAGCCGUCAGCUGCCUCCUGGAGGCCCGGACCGAACCAGACAUCCGCACAAAAGCCGGUUUGACCCCGCUCUACUUCGCCGCCGCCUGGGCGCGUGAGGGCGUGGCCGACUGCCUCCUUGCCGCUGGCGCCGAGAUCGACGCUGCGGCCUCCAACGGUUGGACGCCUCUGUUCGUCGCCGUUCAGCGCGAACGGGUCGAUAUCGCAAAGCUUCUCUUGAAAAGCAGGGCCGACAUGAACAGAGUGGACACGAAGCAGAGGACUCCGCUGUACUUCGCUGCUUGCAUGGGCCAGCUCAGGAUAGCCCGGGUCAUGCUGCGAGAUCGCGUUUUGGUGAAUUCGAGAGAUCGGCGUGGGUGGACGCCGCUACACGCCGCCAUAGCCCAUGGGCAGACUGACAUGGUCCGGAGUCUCAUCGACUGGGGCGCCGACAUCACAAUCACUUGCACGUGCGGCUCCACCUGUGCGGCUUUCUCGGCGCUCUACAACCAAGCUGUGGCUAUGGAACUGCUCCUGGACAAGCGCGCGGAUUUCAACUAUGCCGAGCAAGAGCUCUACACCCCCCUCCACCACGCAGCAGAGUUUGGCCUGCUUGACGGGGUGGGAAGGCUUCUGGAGAUCCGGGCCGACGUGGAGAAACGGACGAAAGAGGGCUGCACGGCUCUCUUCUUGGCCGCUCAAGAGGGGAGGCUAAAGGCAGUUCACUUGCUUGUGAUGGCCAGGGCAGACAUCAACGCGCAGAAGAUCUCUAGCAGUCCUCGCGUGCGCUUGGAGUCCCCGGAACUGGAAGGCGCGACCCCGCUUUUCAUGGCAGCUUCCACCAAUCACCUGGAUGUGGUGAAGUACUUGAUUGCAGCUGGCGCGGACAAGGACCUCCGGGGACCCUCGACCGGUGCUGAUACUCCUCUUUGUACUGCAGCACUGCAAGGCCACGUGCAGGUUCUCAGCACCCUUCUGCACAGCCAUGCUGCCAUUGAGUCUUCCCUGGGCCCGGAAACCAACGUGCUGCUGGCAGCCAUCGAUGCACCCACGAAAGCCUCGCUCCUCACGCUGCUCCAGGCAAAGGUUAGUCCGAACCUCAAUGCUGCGACCGCCGUCUCGCCCUUUCGGGUUGCGAUCCGGUCAAAGAACCUGGAGGCCAUGAAGUGGCUGGUGGGAGCCGGAGUCCAACAGGAGACAGCCGACCCCCGUGGUUGGACACCCCUCCACACUGCCGCUCAUGCAGGUUCCGUCGAGGCGAUCCGUGCGUUGCUGCACAUGUGCGUGAACAUUGAACGAACCACGAAUCGCGGAGCGACGCCUCUGCUCAUUGCUGUCAUGGCUGGACGGAAGGAGCCAGUGGCGGUUCUCUUAAAGGCCCAGGCCAACGUCAACCACGAGAAGAGCGAGGGCUGGACGCCUUUGCUGAUUGCAGCCGCCUCCGGUCGCUGCAAGAUUGCUCAUUUUUGCCUGCAGGCACGGGCAGAUGUGAACUGCGCCAACAGCAAAGGGUAUGCAGCCCUGCACCUGGCUGCGGCUGGCGGCUACCCGCAGGUGGUGAUGAUGCUGCUCCAAAGCCGCGCAGACAAGGAUGCCGUGGGCCCUGCCGGCACUGCCCUGACCUUGGCGGCUGCUCGUGGCUUCCUCAAGGUCAUCCAGGUCUUGUUGCAGGCCGGCGCGAGCGUGGACUUGCCGCAGGAGGAUGGGAAAACCGCGCUAUACUGUGCUGCCGCGAGAAACCAAGUUCACGCUGUGCAGCUGCUUUUGGAUGCAGCCGCAGACCACGAGAAGCCUGCUGAUGGCGGUUUUACACCGCUGCGCAUCGCUGCAUCCAGGUGCUACGUGGAGACUUGCCGACUGAUGCAGCGCAACGUGCCCAAGAAGCCGAUGAAAGGCAACCGCUGA